CUCAUCCUGUGGACGCAGACUUGAUGACCCCACAGUGACCUCAACAGCAGGAACUGGAAGUAGCUUCUCUGCUGGACUCAGUCGUCUCAACAUCCUGGUGGCCCAGAGACUGGCUCAGGAGCAGGCAGAGAAGGAGGGGCAGUGUUCUGUCACCUCCAACUCUGUCGUCACCACGACGACCGGAGGUGACUUGGAGACAAAGCAGAGGCGCAAAUCCUACUUGACCCCGGUUCGUGAUGAGGAGGCGGAGGCUCAGAGGAAGGCUCGAUCCAGACAUGCCAGACAGUCACGACGAUCCACUCAGGGCGUGACGCUCACAGACCUGCAGGAAGCUGACAAGACAAUGAAGACAGCCCAGACGGACGAAGGGAGAGAGAAAACAAGGAAAGAGGAGGAGGAGGAGGCGGCCAAUAAGAAGAGAGCAGAAGAGGGGGAGGUAAGCUGGAGGUCCCGUAUCGCCAACCUGCAGAAGUCUGACCUGCUGGGACUGACUCAACCGGAUGGUACCUCUCGCCCCCCAACCUCUAGCCAGGAGACUAGUGGAGGGGAACGUGAGAGCGACCGUAUCGCCAGGGAGAGACGGAGGACCAGGAGGAGAGCUCAGAGGGCUGGAGAGACUGAUGACAAUGAGCCCAGUGGAGAGGAGGGGUUUGGAGGCAGUGGGCGCGCCAGCACCAGGUCUGACGUGUCAUGUAACGACUGUAUCGACAGAGGAGGCUCUGAGACCAACGAUUACAAGAAGCUGUUUGAGGUGGUGACCAGGGAGAAUGGUCAACUCCAGACUCAGCUGCAGGACACCCAGAGGACCGUCUCUCAGACUAGACUGGACCUGGACAAGGCUACCCAGAGACAGGAGCGCUUCAGUGAUUGUUCGGCAAUGCUAGAGAUAGAGAAGAAGGAGCGUCGGAUGUUGGAGCGGCGUGUGGCUGAGCUGGAGGCAGAGUUGAAGGUGCUCGGUGACCUGAGAGCUGACAACCAGAGGCUGAAAGACGAGAACGGAGCGCUGAUCAGAGUCAUCAGUAAACUCUCCAAAUAGACGGAGAGAACGAGAUACAACAGGGAUGCCCCCUUGCUUCCUCCCAUCAUCCCUCCCUCCUGUCCAUCCACUCCUCUCAGUGCCAAAGAACAAGAGGGAGAGAGAGGUGGCGGGGGGGGGAACAGAUGAAGAGCAGCAGGAUAAAAAAAAUUUUUUACCUUUAUUUAACCAGGCAAGUCAGUUAAGAACAAAUUCUUAUUUUCAACGACGGCCUGGGAACAGUGGGUUAACUGCCUGUUCAGGGGCAGAACGACAGAUUUUGUACCUUGUCAGCUCGGGGGUUUGAACUCUCAACCUUCCGGUUACUAGUCCAACGCUCUAACCACUAGGCUACACUGCCGCCCCAGAAUGUGGUAAUCUAAACAGCUUCACCUGAUUGAUUGUGACGUCUCUUGUUCCUUCGUCCUCCUGACCGGUCGCCGUGGCUUGUUGUUUGUGUGUGCCUUAUGCCCACUUUGAGGACAGCCAUGACAACUGUGGUCAUGACAACAACUCGCAUAGCAGCAACGAGACGUGACAACAGCCAAAUGCCCAUAACGUUGUGCACCAGGGAGAAAAACACCAAUAUUCACACAGACAUAUAUAUACUACACACACACACACACACACACACACACACACACACACACACACACACACACACACACACACACACACACACAGAAACACACACACACACACACACAGAAACACACACACACAGAAACACACACACACACACGACACACCCUUCCAUGCACAUUGGACCGGUCCAAGGCAUCUUGUUCCCUCUACAUCGACUCCAUCCAUAACAUGGAUCUAUACCAUAGACCAUACCCUGGAUCUAUACCAUAGACCAUACCCUGGAUCCAUACCCUGGAUCUAUACCAUAGACCAUACCCUGGAUCCAUACCCUGGAUCUAUACCAUAGACCAUACCCUGGAUCCAUACCAUAGACCAUACCCUGGAUCUAUUCCAUAGACCAUACCCUGGAUCCAUACCCUGGAUCUAUACCAUAGACCAUACCCUGGAUCCAUACCCUGGAUCUAUUCCAUAGACCAUACCCUGGAUCCAUACCCUGGAUCUAUACCAUAGACCAUACCCUGGAUCCAUACCCUGGAUCUAUACCAUAGACCAUACCCUGGAUCUAUACCCUGGAUCUAUUCCAUAGACCAUACCCUAGAUCUAUACCCUGGAUCUAUUCCAUAGACCAUACCCUGGAUCCAUACCCUGGAUCUAUUCCAUAGACCAUACCCUGGAUCUAUACCCUGGAUAUAUUCCAUAGACCAUACCCUGGAUCCAUACCCUGGAUCUAUACCAUGGAUCCAUACCCUGGAUCUAUUCCAUAGACCAUACCCUGGAUCCAUACCCUGGAUCCAUACCAUAGACCAUACCCUAGAUCCAUACCAUAGACCAUACCCUGGAUCCAUACCAUAGACCAUACCCUGGAUCUAUACCCUAGACCGUACCCUGGAUCUAUACCAUAGACCAUACCCUGGAUCCAUACCAUAGACCAUACCCUGGAUCUAUACCCUAGACCAUACCCUGGAUCCAUACCAUAGACCAUACCCUGGAUCUAUACCCUAGACCGUACCCUGGAUCUAUACCAUAGACCAUACCCUGGAUCCAUUCCAUAGACCAUACCCUGGAUCCAUACCAUAGACCAUACCCUGGAUCCAUACCAUAGACCAUACCCUGGAUCUAGACCAUAGACCACACCCUGGAUCUAUUCCAUAGACCAUACCCUGGAUCUAUUCCAUAGACCAUACCCUGGAUCUAUACCCUGGAUCUAUUCCAUAGACCAUACCCUAGAUCUAUUCCAUAGACCAUACCCUGGAUCUAUUCCAUAGGCCAUACCCUGGAUCCAUACCCUGGAUCUAUUCCAUAGACCGUACCCUGGAUCCAUACCCUGGAUCUAUACCCUAGACCAUACCCUGGAUCCAUUCCAUAGACCAUACCCUGGAUCUAUACCAUAGACCAUACCCUGGAUCUAUACCAUAGACCAUACCCUGGAUCUAUACCCUGGAUCUAUUCCAUAGACCAUACCCUGGAUCUAUUCCAUAGACCAUACCCUGGAUCUAUUCCAUAGGCCAUACCCUGGAUCCAUACCCUGGAUCUAUUCCAUAGACCAUACCCUGGAUCUAUUCCAUAGACCAUACCCUGGAUACAUACCAUAGACCAUACCCUGGAUCCAUACCAUACACCACACCCUGGAUCUAUACCCUAGACCACACCCUGGAUCUAUUCCAUAUACCAUACCCUGGAUCUAUACCCUAGACCAUACCCUGGAUCCAUUCCAUAGACAUUACCCUGGAUCCAUUCCAUAGACCAUACCCUGGAUCUAUACCCUGGAUCCAUUCCAUAGACCAUACCCUGGAUCUAUACCAUAGACCAUACCCUGGAUCUAUACCGUAGACCAUACCCUGGAUCCAUACCCUGGAUCUAUACCAUAGACCAUACCCUGGAUCCAUUCCAUAGACAUUACCCUGGAUCCAUUCCAUAGACCAUACCCUGGAUCCAUUCCAUAGACCAUACCCUGGAUCUAUACCAUAGACCAUACCCUGGAUCUAUACCAUAGACCAUACCCUGGAUCCAUUCCAUAGACAUUACCCUGGAUCCAUUCCAUAGACCAUACCCUGGAUCCAUACCCUGGGUCCAUUCCAUAGACCAUACCCUGGAUCCAUACCCUGGAUCUAUUCCAUAGACCAUACCCUGGAUCAAUACCCUGGAUCCAUUCCAUAGACCAUACCCUGGAUAUAUACCCUGGAUCUAUACCCUAGACCAUACCCUGGAUCCAUACCCUGGAUCCAUUCCGUAGACGUUACCCUGGAUCCAUUCCAUAGACCAUACCCUGGAUCCAUACCCUGGGUCCAUUCCAUAGACCAUACCCUGGAUCCAUACCCUGGAUCUAUUCCAUAGACCAUACCCUGGAUCCAUACCCUGGAUCCAUUCCAUAGACCAUACCCUGGAUCCAUACCCUGUAUCCAUACCCUAGACCAUACCCUGGAUCCAUACCCUAGACCAUACCCUGGAUCCAUACCCUAGACCAUACCCUGGAUCUAUACCAUAGACCACACCCUGGAUCCAUACCCUGGAUCUAUUCCAUAGACCAUACCCUGGAUCCAUUCCAUAGACCAUACCCUGGAUCCAUACCCUGGAUCUAUACCAUAGACCAUACCCUAGACCAUACCCUGGAUCCAUACCCUGGAUCUAUACCCUAGACCAUACCCUGGAUCCAUUCCAUAGACCAUACCCUGGAUCCAUACCAUAGACCAUACCCUGGAUCUAUACCAUAGACCACACCCUGGAUCCAUACCCUGGAUCUAUUCCAUAGACCAUACCCUGGAUCUAUACCCUGGAUCUAUUCCAUAGACCAUACCCUAGAUCUAUUGCAUAGACCAUACCCUGGAUCUAUUCCAUAGGCCAUACCCUGGAUCCAUACCCUGGAUCUAUUCCAUAGACCAUACCCUGGAUCAUUCCAUAGACCAUACCCUGGAUCCAUAUCAUAGACCAUACCCUGUAUCUAUACCCUGGAUCCAUACCCUAGACCAUACCCUGGAUCCAUACCCUGGAUCUAUACCAUAUACCAUACCCUGGAUCUAUACCCUAGACCAUACCCUGUAUCCAUACCCUAGACCAUACCCUGGAUCCAAACCAUAGACCAUACCCUGGAUCCAUACCCUAGACCAUACCCUGGAUCCAAACCAUAGACCAUACCCUGGAUCCAUUCCAUAGACCAUACCCUGGAUCUAUACCAUAGACCAUACCCUGGAUCCAUACCAUAGUCCAUACCCUGGAUCCAUACCAUAGACCAUACCCUGGAUCCAUACCAUAGACCAUACCCUGGAUCCAUACCAUAGACCAUACCCUGGAUCUAUACCAUAGACCAUACCCUGGAUCUAUUCCAUAGACCAUACCCACACCAUAGACCAUGCCCCGGAUCCAUACCUAGACCAUACCCUGGAUCUAUACCAUAGACCAUACCCUGGAUCGAUUCCAUAGACCAUACCCUGGAUCCAUUCCAUAGACCAUACCCUGGAUCUAUACCAUAGACCAUACCCUGGAUCCAUUCCAUAGACCAUACCCUUGAUCCAUUCCAUAGACCAUACCCUGGAUCUAUUCCAUAGACAAUACCCUGGAUCCAUUCCAUAGACCAUACCCUGGAUCCAUUCCAUAGACCAUACCCUGGAUCCAUACCCUGGAUCCAUACCAUAGACCAUACCCUCGAUCCAUACCAUAGACCAUACCCUAGAUCCAUACCAUAGACCAUACCCUGGAUCUAUACCAUAGACCAUACCCUAGAUCCAUACCUAGACCAUACCCUGGAUCCAUUCCAUAGACCAUACCCUGGAUCUAUUCCAUAGACCAUACCCUGGAUCCAUUCCAUAGACCAUACCCUGGAUCCAUACCAUAGACCAUACCCUGGAUCUAUACCAUAGACCACACCCUGGAUCCAUACCCUGGAUCUAUUCCAUAGACCAUACCCUGGAUCUAUACCCUGUAUCUAUUCCAUAGACCAUACCCUGGAUCUAUACCCUGGAUCUAUUCCAUAGACCAUACCCUAGAUCUAUUCCAUAGACCAUACCCUGGAUCUAUUCCAUAGGCCAUACCCUGGAUCCAUACCCUGGAUCUAUUCCAUAGACCAUACCCUGGAUCUAUACCCUGUAUCUAUUCCAUAGACCAUACCCUGGAUCUAUACCCUGGAUCUAUUCCAUAGACCAUACCCUAGAUCUAUUCCAUAGACCAUACCCUGGAUCUAUUCCAUAGGCCAUACCCUGGAUCCAUACCCUGGAUCUAUUCCAUAGACCAUACCCUGGAUCAUUCCAUAGACCAUACCCUGGAUCUAUUCCAUAGACCAUACCCUGGAUCUAUACCUUAUACCAUACCCUGGAUCUAUACCCUAGACCAUACCCUGGAUCCUUACCAUAGACCAUACCCUGGAUCCAUACCAUAGACCAUACCCUGGAUCCAUACCAUAGACCAUACCCUGGAUCUAUACUCUGGAUCUAUUCCAUAGACCAUACCCUGGAUCCUUACCAUAGACCAUACCCUGGAUCCAUACCAUAGACCAUACCCUGGAUCCAUACCAUAGACCAUACCCUGGAUCCAUUCCAUAGACCAUACCCUGGAUCUAUACCCUGGAUCUAUUCCAUAGACCAUACCCUGGAUCUAUACCAUAGACCAUACCCUGGAUCCAUACCCUGGAUCUAUUCCAUAGACCAUACCCUGGAUCUAUACCAUAGACCAUAACCUGGAUCUAUACCAUAGACCAUACCCUGGAUCUAUACCCUGGAUCCAUUCCAUAGACCAUACCCUGGAUCCAUACCCUGGAUCUAUACCAUAGACCAUACCCUGGAUCUAUUCCAUAGACCAUACCCUGGAUUCAUACCCUGGAUCUACAUCCUGGAUACAUACCUCUUAAUCUGGUAGUGUCUUUCAUCAAUGUGUUUUGAACCCACCACUCCUCCUCCUCACACACUACUAAAGUCCACAUCCCAAAUAGCACCCUAUCCAAUAUGUAGUGGAUUACUUUAGGGCUCCAGUCAAAAGUAGUGCACUAAAUAGGGAAUAGGGUGCCUUUGAGGACGUUUCCAGACCACAGACACACUCCAUGCUCCUUUAAAUGACCACAGACACACUCCAUGCUCCUUUAAAUGACCACAGACACACUCCAUGCUCCUUUAAAUGACCACAGACAAACUCCAUGC